AUGUCGCAGUUGGGGGCGUUGUCAAACGGAUGGGCAAUUGACACUCCGCCUGUUGACCUGAGAAAUGAUAACGAAUAUCACCCGGUCUUCAAAGCGUUUUUGGCGGGAUCCUUUUCAGGAACUUUCAGCACAAUCCUCUUCCAACCAUUGGAUUUAGUCAAGACCAGACUACAAAACCCCAGCCAACAUGUUGUGGCGGCGACGGUCAACAGCCGAAUCCAACCCGGCAUGAUCACAAUCUUCGUGAACAUCGUACGUCAGGAACAAAUAGUUGGUCUUUGGAAAGGAAUGGUCCCUUCGAUCGCGCGAUGCGUACCGGGUGUUGGGUUGUACUUCUCAUCCCUUCACUGGCUGAAGUCUAAACUAGGAAAGACUAAACAGGACUUAGGCGCUAUGGAAGCGGUUGGAUUGGGAGUUGUGGCUAGGACUAUGAGCGGCGUCGCUUUAAUACCUAUGACAGUUAUCAAAACAAGAUACGAAUCUGGAGUAUACAAAUACAGUGGUCUCCGGAGCGCCUUGAAAUCUAUUUACAAAGCAGAAGGAAUCAGAGGAUUAUCGUGUGGACUUGGACCAACUCUGGCUAGAGAUGCGCCAUUUUCUGGACUAUAUCUUAUGUUCUACACACAAACUAAACAAGCCAUGCCUAAAGAAUGGAUGUCGACCCCAGCAGCGGCGUCAAUGAUACAUUUUUCAUGUGGCAUCGUAGCUGGUAUAGCGGCUUCACUCGCCACUAACCCGGCCGAUGUCCUCAAGACCAAAAUGCAGUUAUACCCAGACAAGUUUCCAAACGCUUUCAGCGCAGCCAUGUAUAUCAAUCAGAAUUAUGGAAUAAAAGGUUACUUCAAGGGAGCUGUGCCACGAAUGCUUCGCAGAACUCUAAUGGCAGCCAUGGCAUGGACGGUGUUCGAACAAAUAACUCGAUCUAUUGGCUUGAAAUGA